UCUAUUUCUUAACUUCAAAAAAGGAAGCAAUGGGGUCGUCUUCCCGCAAAACCUCAGAAAACCCUAACGAGGAGCAAGAGGUGAAGGAGAAGGAGAAGGAGAAGCAUAGCACGCCCUUCUUCGAUGUCUACGGCCCCGAUGCAAAGGCAGAUGUUGUUUUCAAGGAUUCUUCAGCCGCUUCCUCAUUAAAUUUUCAGGAUGUUCAAGGACUUGUUACCUGGGUGAUUGGUGAUGGUGUUAUGCCAUCAUGGGCUUUUGUUAAAAACAAGCCCCUUAUACCCAAAGUCGUACUUCUUUAUGUUCCAGGCCUAGAUGCGGCUCUCUAUAUGUCACAUUUGAGUUUGCUGACUGGCAUAAGAGAAAGUUGUGGCAACCCAAAACCCGUGUUAGGUCUGAGCUGUGUCUCAGAUGAUAUGCAAACAAUUGAUGCGCUCUUAACAUGUAAAGUGAAAAGAAAACGUGAGGAUUUUAAUUCAGGUUCUCAAAUGCCAAAUCUACGAGAAAAGUUUUGUUUGGAAAAUCUGAAGGAUAUACCUUUUCCUCCUUCCUACUACACACUAACUGGAAAGCAACUUGAGGAUAAUGGAUAUUGUUUCAGUCAAUCAGGCUUUAUAUCAACUGUUCCUGCUCCUUCCGGGUCUCCACCAUAUGAGCUUCUUGCACUGGAUUGUGAGAUGUGUGUGACAGGUAAUGGGUUUGAACUUACGAGAGUAACACUUGUCAAUACUACAGGAACGGUGGUGCUAGACAAAUUGGUCAAGCCUUCCAAUCCUAUUAUUGACUACAAUACCAGGUAUAGCGGAAUCACAUCCGAGAUGCUAAAUGGUGUGACAACAACACUCGAGGAUAUUCAGGAAGAGUUCCUCAAGAUUGUCUAUGAAGAAACAAUUCUUGUGGGUCAUUCUCUUGAGAAUGACCUCUUAGCAUUGAAGAUAUCUCAUAGUUUGGUAAUCGACACUGCUGUUCUCUACAAGAGUCCUCGUGGUUACAAGAUAGCUUUACGAGUUCUAUCAGAGAAAUUCCUUUCCCGGUCGAUCCAAGUGUCAGGAAAUGGGCAUGAUAGUACAGAAGAUGCUAAAGCUGCAAUGGAAUUGGCAUUGUUGAAGAUAAGGCAUGGGCCACAUUUUGGUUCACCUCCAUCAUUCAUGCGUGGGAAACUAGUUUCUAUUUUACACGAGAAAGGAAAAAACUGCUCUCUUAUUGAUGAUAUUUCGAUCGUAAAGAGAUAUUCUGAUGGAUCAUGCAACUCUAUCCCAGUGUCUUCAGACGAUGAGGCUCUUUCUAGAGCUGUGAAAGAGGUAAAAAAUGAAAGGGUAGGCUUUAUUUGGACUCGGUUUUCAGCAUUGGAUUCUUAUUUUAAAGAACAAGCACAAGAUGCACAGAAGUUUGGGUGUCGAGUUGCAGAGGUGAUUUCAUUGCAGACAUGUAAUAAGAAAUCAGACAGGAAAGAUAAAAAACAUGGCAUGAGAAACUCAGAAUUGAAGAACAUUCUGAGCUGUGUGGAUGCUAGAAUCCAGAGAUUGUAUGAUGCAUUACCAAAUAAUACUAUGUUUGUAGUCUGCACUGGCCAUGGAGAUACUGCCAUCGUUCAAAGUUUGAGGAAGGUUCUCAAAAGCGGCACUGAGACAACAACAAUCAGCCGCGAACAUCUUGUAAAAGCCUUGGAGGAACUUCAAGCCCAAGCAGAAGUGGCUCUGUGCUUUGCUUGUGUCAAACAUUGAUGUUGUUUCACUGAUGCUAGCUUUUCAUAGACAGGAUCUGAUAGAGCUACCAAUUGGAACUGAUAAUGCUAAAGCUGCUGCUUUAAACAUGUACACUAAGUUCUUUCCAUUUCUCAUUGAUCACAGUAGAGCUUUCAACUUCAAAGAUCUGUGUAUGAAUAUGAGACCGUUGCUCGGCAACAUUGAGAUUGAUACAAGCAAUAAUCAUUCGAUAAUUAUUAGCGGAUCCAUGAUUUUUUAUUCAAAGGAAGUUGAACUCAUGUGUCUGUAAAAGUUCACCUCCUUCGCAGAGCCGGAAUGUUGUUAUACAUAUUAACUUGUUUAUGUGCUUGCACUUUUGUUCAUGGUCUCAUUCAAAUAAGUUACAUUGUCAA